UGUGUUUAUUUUCUAUUGGACUUCUAUUUCUAAAUCAUAUUGGAAAUGAAUUUUUCAAGUUUUAUAUGCAAACCAUGGAUCUUUGAAGAGGACCCUAUAAGAAGUAAUUUUUUGCAAUUUUGCUGGAAAUUUUCUUGAUAAUUAUAAAUGUUGGAUAGACUUGCAAUUGUUUGAGAUGGUUUUUUGACAAGGAGUGGAUGGUUUCUGAGAGACAUGAAGUUUUGAGGUUUGUCAAGAGGAGUGGUGGCCUUGUAGAGAAGCUAUGAAUUAUAACUCAUCUGGUUUUUCCAUCAUGGAUCAAGAAGGAUACAUUAGGAAAGUUUUGGAUCUUUUAGGAUGGUCUUUCCUUGAGGGACUUGGCAGUUGGAACACAUUGAGCUUUUUGCGAUGGUCAUUGGUGGACAAGGUCAACAUGGGAAUUAAUGAGAUCUUUAAGAAUUGAAAGAGUAAUAGGAUUAUCUUCCUCCAGUAUUGUGGACUCUAGUAGCCAAUAUGUUGCUUGUGAAUGGGCAGAUGAUCAUUGGUACCUGAAUAUUGGGGAGCCCCUCUUCUCUGCAACAUGACUUAUGAAAUGGCUUCAAGUUUUUGGGGUCCUGUGACGUCCACCACUGAGUGGUGUGAAGAAAAUUAUGCUUAUUCUUCCUAUAUUGCAGAGUUUUUCAACACAAUUUCAAAUAUCCCAUGCAUUCUUCUGGCAUUUAUUGGUCUCAUAAAUGCUCUAAGGCAGAGAUUUGAGAAGAGAUUUAGCGUCCUCCAUAUAUCAAAUAUCAUACUCUCUAUUGGGAGCAUGCUGUAUCAUGCUUCACUGCAACAUGUGCAACAGCAAAGCGAUGAGACACCCAUGGUAUGGGAAGUCCUUCUCUACAUGUAUGUUUUAUAUUCCCCAGACUGGCACUAUCGCAGUACCAUGCCCACCUUCCUCUUCCUUUAUGGAGCAGCAUUUGCUAUACUUCAUUCUCAGGUUCGAUUUCGCAUGGGAUUCAAGGUCCAUUAUGCUCUCCUUUGCCUCUUGUGUGUUCCAAGGAUGUACAAGUACUAUAUAUACACCAGGGAGGCCUCGGCGAAGAGGCUGGCUCAUCUCUUUGUCGCCACGAUACUCCUUGCAAGCAUGUGUUGGCUCCUGGACCGUAGUUUUUGCGAGAAGAUAUCAAAGUGGAGCGUGAAUCCCCAGGGGCAUGCUCUUUGGCAUGUACUCAUGGGAUUCAACUCUUACUUUGCGAACACGUUCUUAAUGUUUUGUCGGGCCCAGCAAUUGGGGUGGGGCCCACAGGUCAAGUAUUUCUUGGGCCUACUCCCUUAUGUGAAGAUUAACAAGCCCAAGGCUCAGUAGGGGCCAUGGCCUUAAGGUAUUGGCAAUUUGGUUGGGGGUUUUAAAUUAUUUUGUUUCAAAUUUUCUUCCUGUAUUCCGUUUUUUUAUGUUUUCCUUGUUUCUUUUUUGAAGUCAGAUGAGUGAGCGGGAUUCAGAUUUUGUGUAAACAGAAGUAUUUGCGUUCAAAGAUUGGAUUGGUUGAUGUAAGUUAUAUACCAUGUUACAUUGUAUCAUAAUCAUUGCUUUGUUGGUCUUUUUUUGUAGGAUGUCUGAACUUUGCUUAUGCCUGUUCUAUAGGAAUUCUAAUGUGGCUUGAGAUGUUCAGGUUUUUUUACAUGUAUCUGGAGCAAGUAGUUAUCGAAUGCAUUUAUUUUGUUUGCUUAUGCCUGUUCUAUUGGAAUUCUAAUGUGGCUUGAGAUGUUCAGGUUUUUUUACACGUUUCUGGAGCAAGUAGCUAUCGAAUGCAUUUAUUUUGUUGGGCACGCAGGAUUUGAACCCAUGGAAUGUUUAAUUUUGUUGGGCAGGCAGGAUUUGGAUGUUGCCUGUUUAACCCUUUAUGCUCCAAGAAUAGGCCAUGUGCAUGUGCUUUGAAGAUCUCAAGGAUUAUUUUUGGUUUGUAUUUUAUAGCGGGAGAAGAUAAAAAUCAGGAGAGCGUUGUGUA